AUGUCAGAAGAUUUUAAGAUUCUACCGAACACAAAUGCGAAAGAUAUUCGUUACAUGACUUUAAAUCAUAUUAAUGACAUUUUGCAUUUGAUAGGGCAUGAUAUUAACGAAUAUAAUUUUGUGCCGGAAAGAAUUACACUAUCACCAGCUGUUAGAGAAGCCAAAGAUUGUCAUUUCGAAAGAAAUAUUACUGUUAGAGAAGAGGAUUUGUUACUAGAGGCAAAGUUGAACACUGAACAACGGAAAACAUAUGAUAAAAUUCUUAACAUGAUAUUUUCUAACCAAUCAGGUGCCUUUUUUAUUGACGGACCUGGUGAAACUGGAAAAACUUUUUUAUACCGUGCUUUGUUGGCUGUUGUACGAUCAAAAGGCUUUGUCACUUUAGCAAUAACAACUUCAGGGGUUGCGGCUUCGAUCCUCCCAGGAGGACGAACUGCUCACUCCCGUUUUAAAUUCCCUACUGAAAUUGAUGAACAAUACUCUUGUAAUAUUAGUAAACAAAUUUCAUUAGCAGCUUUAAUACAUUAUGCCAAACUCAUUGUAUGGGAUGAAGUAUCUAUGGCAAAAAAGAAAGUGAUAGAAGCUUUUGAUGUUCUCUUGAAGGAUCUGAUGGAUACAAAAGCUCUAUUUGGGGGGAAAAAAAAUAUGCGAGCUAAAACAGAUCCUUCUUUUUGUGAAUAUUUGCUGAGAAUAGGAAAUGGAGAAGAAAAAACAGAUAACUAUGAUAAAAUAGAAAUUCCUGAUUAUUUUGUUAUUCCUUUCAUUUCUGAAAAGGAAUCAUUAGAUCUUUUGUUUAGAGCAACUUUUCCAGAUUUACAUACAUGUUCUGAUAUGUUUUCUAUGACUUCACGCGUAAUUCUGAUGACAAAAAGUGACUUUGUUGAUGAAAUGAAUGAGUUGCUCAUAGCUCACUUUCCUGGAGAUGCUAGAACAUAUAUUGCAUUUGAUGAAACUAUUGAAGCGAAUGAUCAGAGUCAAUAUGAAGAUUUUUUGCAUACAUUACAUUCCGCUGGUUUACCUCCCCAUAAAUUGACAUUAAUAAAGCAUUGUCCUGUUAUUCUGUUAUGA